GUUUUACCAUUUUUGUUUAAUUGUGAAUUAGUUAAACUAAUUAAUCUAAUAAUUCAUCAUGGGUCGUAUGCACGCACCAGGAAAGGGUAUUUCCCAAUCAGCUUUACCAUACCGGCGAAGUGUUCCUUCGUGGUUUAAACUAACCCCUGAUAAAGUGAUUGAUCAAAUCUGUAAACUCGCCAAGAAAGGUCUUUUACCAUCACAAAUUGGUGUUAUUCUCAGAGAUUGGGAUGGUGUUGCUCAAGUUAAAUGGGUAACUGGUAACAAGAUUUUGAGAAUCUUGAAAGCCAAAGGAUUGGCUCCACAAUUACCUGAGGAUUUGUACCAUCUUAUCAAGAAAGCUGUCGCUAUCAGAAAACAUUUAGAACGAAACCGAAAAGACAAGGAUGGUAAAUUCCGAUUGAUUUUGGUUGAAAGUAGAAUUCACAGAUUAGCUCGUUAUUACAAGACUAAAAGAGUAUUGCCCCCAACCUGGCGAUACGAAUCAUCAACUGCUUCUGCUUUGGUCGCUUAAAUUAAUGUUAAAAUACGAGGAAAUUUGAUUAAAAGUAUUUCCAUUUACUAA